AUGUCUGCACGGGGACCUCACUUUGACGGCGUACGCGCCGCCGCCGCGCUCGGUAUUGUCACCUCUGGCGUUCUGUCGGGCGCCAUCUUCGCGACCUCCGGCUUCGCCAUCCCCGCCAUCCUCACAACGACCCGCUCCUCCCCAGGCGCCCAACCCCUAAUCCGCGCCUUCCACCGCCUCGUCACCCACUCCACCACCCUAACCCUCCCGCUCUCCCUCCUCUCCGGUGCCCUCUUCACCUACACCGCCGCGCGCGCCACAAGCGUGCCCUUCAUCACCAACGGCUCGUUCGGCGCCGCGCACCGCACGUUGCUCUACUCGCUCGCCGCCGCGCUGAGCGUCGGGACUGUUCCGUUUGCGAAGGCGGUUAUGGCGGGGAGCUUUGAGGAGCUGGAGAGGGGCGCGGAGGAUCGGGUCGAGGCGGAGAGGGUCGGGACGGAUAGGGCUGUUGAGAAUGUUGUGAAGUGGGCGAGCAGGAACUGGAUCCGCGGAACUCUUCCGCUCGUUGGGUGUGCGCUUGGGGCUUGGGCUUCGUUUGCGUCGUAA